CACAAGCUGUGUCAUGCUAGUGAAAGAGCUCACCCAAUCAUGUACCGUAGAACGUCCUACGUCACACCGUUCCUCGCCUUGAUAAAGGCGCACUUCGUAACAAUAAACAUUAUUCAUCACCCGACUGGCGGCCCGCUUACAUGGUGGCAGCGGUGCCCAGUCGAGAUGUCGAAACCGUCAACGCCGCCGAUGCCCCCAUUGCCGUCAACGCUGCUGCCGCCACCGAAGCCCCUGGACACAUCAGGCGACGCAUGGCUCGGAUGGAAAAAUUGGAAACGUGAGUUCGCCUUGUUUUCCACCGCUACGCAAUUGAGCAAUCAGCCAGAGGAAGUGCAGGCAGCAACCUUACUAAUAACAAUCGGAGAAGAAGCCAGAAAGGCGUACGAGACCUUUAAGUUCACUACAGAUGAAGAAAGAAACAGUGUAGAAGUACUGAUUCAAAAGUUCGAAGAAUACUACAAGCCCGCUACAAACCUGACUUUCCAGGAAUUCAGAUUUGGGUCAAGAGACCAAAAAGAAGGUGAACCUUUCAACGAAUGGUUAACAGAGCUAAGGAUUCUAGCUAAGAAUUGCGAAUUUGGAGAGCUAGAAGAUCGGAUGCUACGCAGCCGUAUCAUCCUAGGAGUUCGAGACAAGAGCUUGCAGCGGAAAUUACUUGUUGAAAACCCAACCUACGAAAAGACCGUUGAGCUGUGUCGCCUUCAAGAACAAGGGCAGGAAAAGUUCCGAGAGAUUACUGGAACAGCGCAAGGCGCAUCUGAGACAACUAUUAAUGCUGUUGCUGCGAAAAAGAGUCCCUGCUCUAGGUGCGGCUAUUUUACUCACCGCGGCGAAACCUGCCCAGCAAAAGGAAAAACGUGCAAGAAAUGUGGAAGGCUUAAUCACUUUGCUCAAGUGUGCAAGACGCCUGUACUUCAACAAAGCGCGAAUAAACCGAAGAAAGAACUACGCGCUCUGCACACCGAAAGUGACGAGGAAUUCUUUCUCGAAGCAUUAACGGUAAACUGGGUCGAGACCGACAAAUGGAGCGCGUCAGUUCACAUUGAGGGCAAACCAAUGGCGUGCAAGCUAGAUACGGGCGCUAACUGCUGCGUCAUAUCAAUGCAAGACGCCGUAAAGCUUUCAGAUAAGCCUCGGCAAGAGUGUCAAGUGACGCUAACUGCGUUUUUCGGAAACGACGACUGCUCACGAGAAAGUAAAAUUGCUUCUUUCCGGAAACGGCAGAGAGCACGAAGAACUCUUCUUUAUCGUAAAACAACAUGUGCCGAUCACGUUGAGCGGAUCCGUUGCCGAGCGCCUGGGACUUCUGUACCGGGUGCAGAAUGUUCAUCUAGAGAACUUGUACCAAGCCGCACAACCUUUUGCAGAAGUUUUCAAAGGCCUUGGGCAAUUGAAAGAUGUCGAGUAUGA